CCUGGGGGAAACCUCGAUACACAACAAGACGCUCCAGAAAUCAGACAACGCUGCACGGAUUUGACUGGUUUUGAGCCAUCUAUUCGGUGAAUGACCAAAAACUUAAAAUGAAAUCUUCUAUAUAGCAACGUCAUUCAGGUGCAGUCCAUAGUUCUUCCUAAAUAGCUUGCAUUAUACACUGCAUAUUGAGGAACAAUGCCGCUACCAACAAAGAUUCCUCGCGGUGGAAAGGCCAGAAGUCAACAUACUGGCCGUGUAUUUGCAAAUCGUUACCGGGUAGAGAAACGACUUGGUAGCGGCAGCUUUGGAACCGUUUUUCUGGUGGAAGAUACGAUGAGUAAAGGCGAAUGGUGAGUUGUUAUCCAUGAUCGAGGCUGUUGCCUUCAAACGAAGGUUUGUUGGCUUCCCAGCGGCUAGGCACGAGCCUUGAUACAACUCCCACCCCCUGUGAAGUAGUGUAACUGCAUCUCCUUACCUCUGGUAGACCAGGGCAACUACUGUUAGAGGUUCUGCAAUAUUUGAUCCUGCAAAGUGAGUGAAUUAUGGCUGCGUCUAUUCCAAGUAUUCCCAUCCUCCCGGACUCGCCACCAGGCAUCUGUCUGGCUUAUGAUAUUCCUUCUUUGGAAAGCUGCAAAUGCUGCACUUAUAGGCUUUUGUUUUCGUAUUACCAUAGAUGUUUCUUUUUAUAGGUGCUAGAAAUAUGAAAUUUAAUUUUAUGACAAUUGAACCCUGUGCUGGAGUAGCUUAAUGUCAAAAGUUGUUCAGACUGUUUUGCUUCUUGAUUAGAAAUCUGAACACACAAGACAAUCUCGGGGAGACAGUCACUGUGUUGUUGUUUAGAGGCUUUGCUAUUGAUUAAGUUAAACCUCCUACAAUCAGAUGCACCAAUUAUAUUUAAAUAAUGUACACAAUAUAAAUUUUUGGCCUGAGUUAAGUAUCAUUAUUAUCACUACACGUGGCCAAAUAACAAAGUGCCCCCUCUAAAAUGCUCCUUUUGCGGGCCAAAUGGCAAAGAGCAGGCUGUAAAUGGAAUUUGCAACCUACAAAAUGAUUUCCUGUUAAACAAUCUUUCCUUAUGAAAUAAAUUUGUGCGAUUUGGCCUUGUGUAUUGAUAAUAAUGAUAAUAACAUUACUUUUGUCAGGCAUAUACCCCGGUAGUUUAUUUGUGUCCCUCAUAGCAUCAUUUGCACCCCCACAACGUUUGAGCGUAAAUGAUGCUACUUCAGUCACAAAUAAAUUAUAUGCCUGACAAAAGUCAUGUGAUUGUCCUAUUCCCACUUGAUAGAAUAUCAUAAACUGCUGCUUAUAAGCUCUGGUAGUGAGGGUCCUUUGGAGGGCUCAUAAAUGGAGGGACUAUAUCCAAGGAGGUUUAUAACCAGAACAAAAAAAGCGCUUUAAAACAAGCCAUAGCAGUACUUAUCAAAAUACGUUUUGCACUUACUGGUAUAAACGUCAUAAUAAAUCAAAUUCGUUUUGAUACCAGCUAGAAGGGAGCUUAUAUCCGGGGAGACUUUUGUUUACAGCUGGAUGGGCCUAUAACUUGGGGGGGGGGACUUAUACAUGUAAGUGAAGGGGUUUAUAAGUGGCAGCCUAUGGUAUUUUUUUCUCUCCAGCUGCAGCUGCUCUAGGGGGCUCAAGUGAGUUAUUUCCUAGUUAUAAUAUUAAUUAUUAAAUUGACUGAUUUAAGUAAAAUGUGAUUGCAGCCAUGUAUUUUGGGUCUUAAAUGAGUUUUAAGCAGUCAUGCAAAUCAUGCAAGAAUAAUAGAUUUUUAUAACUUGGUUAGGUUUAUUUCAACCACCUAAAGGGUAGUUUAGUGCAGGUUAAUACUAUCAAUCAAUUGAUCAUCCCUGCCUCUACAUGACAAUUUUCCAAAUUUAAGCUUUAUCAUAUUUAUAGUAAGCACUACAUUUUUGAAAAAAAUACUUUGUUCUGUCAUUCUCAACUUCAGCGUUUUUUCCUUUAAGGACGGUGCGUACUAUUGUCACUGCGCAAAUUUUCUGCGCAUGCCAAGGUAGUCGAGUGCAACCCGAAACAAAUGUGCAACACGCAGGACACGCUGAUUGGUUUUGUCUCCUGGAAGUCUGGGAGGUUCGAGUUAUUUCUUGUGGAAAAGAUGCGUCAUUUUUCAACAGAUGAAAAAUAAUUUCUAUUUACCUUGUCAGUUCUUUGAAAACCGAAGAAGUAUGCACAUGUUGCUAUUUCUAUGUAUGAUCGAUCUGACCGAACAUUUUAUAGUCAAACAAAAGUCAAUUCUAAAACAUCAAAAGUUAAUGCCUCAAGAUGUUACGCUUAGAGCUUGGGUAUUAAAAAAUCCCUUAAUAGGCAAGGAUCAGUAAAUCAGAAGGAAAAUAGCUCUAAGUCCUCCGCUUAAUCAAGAAACUGCAAGCUUACCUUUCACUCGUUUCCUUCGCGUUUUAUCGGCUAAUCGGCUAUAAACACUUUCCCGAAUAUUUCUUUAAUUUUGUAAGAUUUUAUGUAAUUAUUCACCAGAAGAUAGAUUUAAAGUGUUCGAGUACUUACAGAUGUACCUUUUAUUGCGAGUCGGCGGCUUUUAUUUGUUGAACAAACAAGAAAAAAACUAUCACAAGAUUGUUUGGAUUGCUGAGAUCGCAGCUUCACAAAUAGUUGCGGACCGCAAAGGAAACGCUUUCAUUGUGGAAAAAAUAAUAAAAAACAUUUUUAUGCUUUUUGAGCUAUUUUGAAAAAACAGCUCAUAUGUCAGUGGUGUGAUGUAUGUAUCUUUGUGGCUUUGUAUCUUUGUAUGUUGGGAUGUUUGUUGCAAGAGCCAAUAAGGUUGAAGGUACUAUGACUUGAUGCUUAGGAACCAAUGAGAUCUUGGCAUCUAUUUAAACAUGGCAUUGGUAAAGGUCGAACAAGGGCACUUUGAGACUGCCAUCUUGAUUCUUCACAAUUUUUUUGUCUUUUAUUACGGCUACAGGUGUUUGGAAGAAUUGCAUUAAAUAUCUUCAUGAUUCAAACGCUGUGUACAGUGAUGCAGCUGUUUAAGGGUUCAUAUUUUAGUAUGGAUGCUGCUUCAAGGCAUUUCUGACAUAAUUCGGCUAUUGGUACAACGCACGUCAGUAUGAGUUCUGUUUCACCUGCUACAACUGGGUAGAGUAUAAAAGAUCAUAUAUUUUCAAAGCUCUUCCAAUGAAGCAAUAAUUGAUAUUUAGAUAUAGACUUUAAUUCGAAAGUAUGCGCCCUAUAAAAUGUGGUUUUAGAAGUUUAAAAAGGCAGCUUAUUUUUGUGAAAGCUGUACCGAGUAUUGUUAAUCUUGUAAACAAGCUUUAAAAAUAUUAUUCUCUCGCUUACAAAGUUCAACAGACCUUUUUCGUUCUGGCAAAACAACAUAAAAAGAAUAAUAAGUGAACAACAUGAUACAUCCUUCCUGCAUGCUAAGUAUUAUAGUUUCUGAAACUAUAAUACGUAACUUAAGUAGAAACAGUAGCAUUAGGGAAUAAAAUUGGAAGAAGCUAGUUGACAUAAUAAUUAGAUACUGUUGUAUUGACUGGAGUAACAUGAUACAAGUAGAAAUAUAUUUCGGCAGUUUGAUAAUUUUCUUGGAAGUUAAUAAAUGUUAGGCUAUCAACCUUGACGUUGUAUGAAACAUAAUUUAAUUGCAGAGGUUGUAAUAAAGCCGAGGUGAUUUCUUAAAAUCGCUUGAGAAAAUUUUGUAGUAAAACAAUUUGCCUUUUUUUUUUCACAUACAAAUUGUAAAAGGGCCAUGAGUUUGCAUGAGUUAUUUUUAUAAUUCUGUUUGCUAGAUUACUGUGUGAUAACUCGAAUUCCCUCACAUACGAACCACGAAAGGGGGCAAAGUCCAACACUUUCCAAGCCAGCUGUGUGACUGUACAUCUCAUGCAGAUUGGCUUUUCACAAUAAUAAUAGUAACUUGGACGUAUGAAGACGUGUUUUUCUCGUUAAGUAACCAAUGCCCUAAAAAAGGCUCUUGUCUUUUAAGAAGCAGUAGCUUUUAAAACAUGAAGAAAUAAGUUGUCGGAGUUAAAGACUGUUUCACAAAUGUUGAUAAAUGUUAGGUUAUCAACCUUGACGUUGCAUGAAACAUAAUUUAAUUGCAGAGGUUGUAAUAAAGCCGAGGUGAUUUCUUAAAAUCGUUUGAGAAAAUUUUGUAGGAAACAAUUUGCUUUUUUUUUUGCGUACGAAUUGUAAAAGGGCCAAAGACCAACAUCUUCACAUGCAAAUUGUGUGCAUGAGUUAUUUUUAUAAUUCUGUUUACUAGUUUACUGUGUGAUAACUCGAAUUCCCUCACGUACGAACCACGAAGGGGGGCAAAGUCCAACACUUUCACAUGCCAGCUGUGUGACAGUACAUCUCAUGCAGAUUGGCUUUUCACAAUGAUAAAUGGUAACUUGGACGUAUGAAGACCUGUUUCGUUUUGUAACCAAUGCCUUAAAAAAGGCUCUUGUCUUUUAAGAAGCAAUAGCUUUUAAAACAUGAAGAAAUAAGUUGUCGGAGUUAAAGACUGUUUCACUGAGUAGAAUUGCACGUGAAAACCUCGUGAAUUAUGAUGAUGCAACCAUCUACCUCAAUGAUAAAAAUCCUGGUAUUUCGUAACUAUUCAGUCUUCGAUGUGUCACAUUUUGGCUUGAGAGACUCCGAGGAAACCUUAGGGUUUUCCUUCUAGUCAACGUUUGGUGAGUAGAAAUUUAUUUUACUUUAACAGUUUGUUUAACUUGCACCAGGUGUAACAGGGAAAGACAGAGGAAAGUGAAUAUAUAGGUUGAGGAUCAACUCAGCUGAGCGUUUUGCGUUUUCAUUUAUGUACCGCAAUACCCAAUUUCGCACAAAAACCAAAUCUACAUUUAGGAUGAAAAAGGUAGAUUCAUCACUCUUGGUAAGGUUACACCGAAGUAUUAUAGUUAUACUGAAGCAUUCAAAAUAGCUCAUGCACGUUUAACGUGCCUAUGUUUACUAUUAUCAUUGUUAUUUAAACAUUUUGGCAUUACUAAGCAUUGAAAUUAUUGACUUAUUGGCAGCUUGUCAUGUAGAUAGUAUUUCUUAAUGUUCAAUUUCACGCCACACGUCAUCUGGACAUUUUAGACAUAGCUGCCAUUUGGCUCUUUACAAACUAAAGAUGGAAGGUAAAAUAAAGUAUUUCCACUCUAAGACUUUCUUAGGUUUAACAGACACCGUUAAGUCUAAUAUUAACAUUUAGAAACGAAAAAUAGUGAAUGAUCAUGACCCAGAAUGCUACAGUAAAAAAAAUCAAAACGAAAUACAUAAAAUGAUCAUUAUAGCCCAGUGCAUAUAUAAGGGUACAAAGACGCAUUCUGUACAACUACUUUCACACUAUUCAGCUUUUUUAAAAGAGAGCUCAUGUAUGGAACUUGAGUCAAUGCAAAUCAUUUAUGUCAUAUGACACUUGUGGCAAAGCCCGAAAGAGAUAGCCCAAAGCACAGAUAUAAGCUCAUUGAAUGUAUGCAAGUUUAAUAACAUAUUUGAUCGAGGUACCCGGUAAAAUGAUAAAAAAACGGUAGAAGGUUUACAAUCCAUGUUACAUCUACAGUUCAAAAAAUCUUGAGGACAUGUACAGGUAAGCAAACGAUUGAAGGAAUACCUGUCUUAGAGUCCCUGUCGACUAUUUGCCACUACAGUACAGUAGUUUGUUUACAACACCAGCCGUGGAUCUUGAGCUCGCCAUACUACUCUAUGUGCGCUGCAAGUAAUCUUUAAUACCUUGGAGAUUGCUCUUCUUCAAAAAUCUUUGUUAAAUGUUUGAGACGGAGAAGCUUCAGUUGAAUGAAAUGUUUUCCUUAGAGUCCAUGAAAUGUCCUGCUUCACUUUCUGUUUUUGCUCUCCUCCGUGUGUUGUUGUUUUCUCUGACUGUUAGCCAUUUUGGAUAUCCCAGAGUACUUCGUGUUGAGUGAAGCAAUAGUGAAACUGACUGGGGAGGGGAUGGGGAAAAUUGUAAAUAACCCCCAAAGCGAUUAAGUUAAGGUUGAAACCAACCAAUUUAACUUCUAAAAACGCGCGGUAAGCCCUACCUUUUAUGUUACCAAAUGAAAGUAAUAAGCCUAUUUAGCAAACAAUCAAUUUAAUGUCGUUUACACUAUUUUUGAGGCAAACGCGUGGAGAGGGGUAACUGCUGAUAACUUUCCAGUUGUGCUGAUAUUUCAAAAAAAGACGUAUAAAGAGCAGUUGUUAUGUUAUCAUUUGUUGCUUAUUUUGAAACCUUGUUACAAUUAUCAUUGCACUUGUGGCAGUUCAUGUGUACACUCUGAAAUUUGGGGAAAAAAUAACUUUUUAUCAUUUUUUUCAAAAAUGCCCCUUCAGUGUUUUUGAAGCGCAGUUAUCUCUGAAAAAUGCGUGGUUACCCCCAGUAUUCUUUUUGGAUUUCAAUAGCUGCUGAUAUGAUCUACUUGUCUCACACAGUCAUUAUCUGGGAAAAAAUACUUCCCAUUAGUGGGCACUGUCCUUAAACACAUUUGAGUCUGGCUGCUUGUAAAAGUUAACCUAGUUAAAUUUGUUUAAACCAAGAGUACAUUUUGAAAAAUAUAAAUAUAUAUAUAUAUUUUUAAAAAUAACCUGGUUAACUUGCUAGGUGUGGUCGCGGCCGUUGUUAUUGUUGUUUAACUUUGGCUCAAUCAUCAGCUUUUGAUCACAAACAAGUGAUGUGACAUAUUGGAUCACAAAAAAAUGCAUGGUCAAAUAAGGCUGGUAUUACGUCAAAUUGACCACAGGCUUUUACCUUUGUGUGCUGUACCUCACUUUCAUGGCCUCUUGAUUUUCACAUUCAAAAACUUUUCUUAUGUAUUUAUACAGUGGUAGAAGUUACUUUGAAGGAAGACUUAAGGGAAGGUUUUGUCUUGUAUGUUUUGCCUCACCAAUCAUGUUUUCUGUAUGUUAUAAAAUGCAAAUUUCACUUUUUUGCCAUCAUAAAUCAGAAAUGACUGUGUAACAAUUUGUUAUUUUUAAGGAAGAUUGAGUUAGUUUAUCUCUCCUCAAGUUUCAUUGAUAGUAGAAAUUAGGUAACCUUGAACAUAUUUACCAUUCACAUGAUUGUUAACUUGUUAUGGGCUGUUGUAUUUAGGAAAGUUUUAAAGGAAAUCUUUGUUGGCGAACUGCAACCAGAUGAAACAGUUGAUGCAAUGAGAGAAGCUAAGUUGUUGUCCACGGUAUGUGUUAUUUUUAUAGUGUUUUACCUCUGAUGGGUGAUGCGUCUUUCUCUAAAAUCCUUGUGUAAUCACUUUAAUGAGCCAAACACACUUUUAAAAAUGUUAUGUAUGUGACCAGCCGAUGGAACUGAGACUUUUGAUCAUCCCCCUAAUUUCAACCUUCAGUCACUGAACUGCCAUAUAAAGAAAAUGCUUGCAAACAAUAACUAUUUUAAUCUACCAAAAUCUGAUCCAAAACCAAGGUUAUCUUGGACAACUUAUGCAUCCAACCACUGUGCAUUCUUAGUCAGCAGCAAUCUCAGAUGUGCCAUGCAAAACCAUGGAGAAUGGCGCAUUAACUGGCUGGCAUGUUUCCUUGAUACUCACAGUAACCUAGCCUCCUGGAUAAACAACCCUGGCGAAAGACUUAUGAUCAUCAAUCCUUUGUACAUAUAUGUUGUGGUUCAAUUUUAUGCUAAGUUUAAAUUUUAUUUUCUUUUGUUUUUGUAUAUAGCAAUGUAUGAUAAUGAGUUUGAAACAAAGGAAAAUAAAAUUUAAAUGGUUAACUUAGCAUAAAUUUUGUUAUUAAUAACUGCAGUCAUUUUAUUAAUGUUAAUGUAAACAAUAAAGUUUUUAUUUUUUCCAAACCAAAACUUCCAAAUAAUUAUGUGGGUAAUUUACCCUCUUUGUAAUGCCAAGUAGUUCAUUUGAAAUACAAGUAUCUACAUGUACACUGUAUAGAAUGAUAUUGUCUGUUGCAAAACCUUUAUCUGGCAACAAUUUUUAAACAACUUAUGCUCUGUAUUUUUUCAGCUAAAUCACCCUAACAUUGUCAAGUUCUUUGAUAGUUUCAUUGAUGGAGAAUCAUUUUGUAUAGUUACUGAGUAUUGUGAGGUAAGUGGCAUUUUUGCCUCUCUAGUUUGGCUAAAACCGACCAAACUCUACUGUGAGAGGUUGUUUGAUUUUCUCUUCCCUUUUUUUUUUCAAGAAUUACCCCUCACUAUAACUUUUUGCAGAAAAAUGACUGGCUAUAAAGAAGCAGGAACUGCCCAAAUGCUUUUUAUAGGUCUAUCACCUAGUGACCUUCUGUGAACCAGGUGCAUAAUAUCAGUUUCCCAAGUUCAAGCAUGCACAGAAAGCAAAAUUUAGAGAAAGAAGUCUUGACUUUGUGGCCCCUUUUUUUUUCUUUCGUGAGCAUUUAUUAAGCUUCAUUUCAGCGAGGAAAAGGAAGGAUCAUAGGAGUAGGUGGAAUUUUUGGGUCAACUUUACAAGGUUUUUUUUGCCUUUUUUCUCCAGCCUCUUUGACUGAAUCAUGCUUAUUCUGGUAUGUUAAAAGACUUCUUCCCCCUGUAGUUGGAUGACAAAGUUGUCCUUGACCAUUAAAACUGAUGAAUUCAGAAGUGACUCAAAACCAUGGAUCCUCAUAAGGGUGUGGUGGUCCAGGGGCAAAUAGGGUUAAUCAAAGCAGCUAAAAUUCUUCUUUUGCUGAUUUUUUCACUUGAUAAUUUGGCAUUUCAUGACCAGAUUUUGUUUUUUAUUCUGAAAUCUGGAUUUUCUCCAGGAAACUAGGUGCUUGGAAAUUUUGCUGAAAAACACGUUUUGAGGCUUAAGACAUUCCGUUUUCUGUUCACUGUCUGGCUAUUGGAGGCAUCAUGAAAUUGCUCCUACACCAGAGAAAGUUUAAUAUAAAAAUUAUUACCUUGCAUACGUGCAUGUAAUUUACGUAUAAUACCGGUAACCACAUUUUAAUGACUCAACUUAAUUUUAGCUUAUCAUUUACAGGGCGUUAGUAAUUUUUUACAUACUGGUUACUUAAAAAUGUUUGUUUUUCUGUUCUAAACUGAAGGGUGGUGAUUUGGAUGACAAAAUCAAGGCUUGGAAGAAAGCUGGCAAGAGUUUUGAUGAAUCACUGAUUUUGGCUUGGUUUAUUCAAUUGGUUUUAGCUGUUAAGUUCAUGCAUGAAAAGUAAGAUUACAUCAGCUGUGCUUUUAUUGUAUAUUUGCACUAUCAGUUUCUUACUAGAUAAAUAAACUAUGUGAGUACCUUUUUAUUGUUAACAAACUUGAUGUGUCAACCUACAAGCACUUUCCUGCUGCUGGUGGACCUGUGGCUCUUUGUAGCCACCAUCUUUAUUAGUCAGUUCAUGCACAAAGAAUAAAGUUACUUUCGCAAGCAGAACUGAUACUUUCUACCAUUAAGCAAAGUUAGGACUCUGUCUAAACCCGCCAGCUGAUUGCUUUCUUUUCAUGAAGUGUUCAUUGGCCAUAUUGCUAGCUUUUGCUACAUGUACUUUUUUAAGAUCCCUCUGCUUGACCCACUCUUUUCUUAAAGUCAAACUUCUUUGCACUAUUCUAGCGUCCUGAAAUAAAUUUGAAAAUGUCCUUUAUUCCCACAGUUCCUGCAGGCAUAAUCACUUUGCUGGGCAGCUACAAUGAGGGACAUAAGUGUUGAGACACUUCUAUAUUUAUGGCUCCUUUUUACACUUGUGUACCCCCACCCCCUCCCCCCAAAAUCAUUGUUGUAUUUUAGACCCUCAGUUCUUCCUUUUACUCCAAGCAACAUUGAUUCAGGGGUGGGUGGGGGGAUUCAUGGUGUUGAAAAAGAAUGAAAUAAUAAACGAAUGAAAUUGUUGAUAAGAGUGCAUAUAAUUUUUAGAUGCGUGUGUCAACUAUUGUUGAAUAAUAUUGGGUGAUAAGCUUUUUCUAUUGCUGGAGCUUGCCGCUUACAAGAAUGGCUCUCAUAAGUGACCACUAGAGGUGUAAGUUAUAAAUGGCUGCUUCCAAGAGCUUGUCCAACUACAAAUAAACAUUGAAAAUGCAAGAAAAAUGUUUGUUAAGUGUUUGGCUAUACUGUUGUUCUGACAUUAUGUUGCAAUUUUCAGUUACAAGCAUAAAAUUCAAGUGGUGUUUUGAAUUGUAAUCGGACUUGUAUGUGAAAAAAACAACUCUGAAAGUGAGGUAAAUUUAUUUUGACAGACAGCCAUUUUAGGAAGUUGAUGUAUUAAAAUACAAGAUUUACAGGGGAAUGAGAUUUCAGGUGUCUGCUCACAGGAACGUAAAAACAAACUAAAAUCUAACUGGUAGACCCUGAAAGUGUCUGUAGAUGCCUUUGAUAAUUGUCUGCUUACAGGAAUGUAAAAAUACAGAGUUUGUAUUGGAGUUGAAACAGGGUUUUGUGAAGACAGCCAUAAGAAGAGCUGUCCACUGACAAGAGUGUCUGUUAAGAGAGCUUCCACUGUAGUUGAUUUCUAUUAAUUUCUGUUAAACAGAUAACACAAUCAUGUAUAAAGAAUAUGACACCUUAGACCCUGCAAGAAGGAUAUUAAGUAUAUUCUCUACUGGAAGUGUACUUUAAAGGUAGAUGUUUGUUUGUUUUCAGGAAAAUCUUACAUAGAGACUUAAAGACAAGGUAAGCUUGAUGUAGACGCUGUGCUUGAUUUCUUUGAAACCUGUUUCUCAGAGUAGUAACCGCCGCCCAGUUAGUUCAAUGGGAUAAGCGCCAGUCUGCUGAGCGGGAGGCUGUAGGUUCAAACCCCUGCCGGACCAACACUCAGGGUCUUUAAAUAACUGAGGAGAAAGUGCUGCCUUUGUAAUAACAUCUGCAAACAGUUUGACUUUCUAGUCUUCUCGGAUAAGGUCGAUAAACCGUAGGCCUGUCGUGCAAGCCCUUGCAUACGUAAUAAAAAAUCUGUGGAACGUUAAAGAACCCACACAUUCUUGGUAAAAAGUAGGGCACGUAGUGCCCUGUGUAGUGGUCUAUCUCACUUUCACACUCAUGUAUGGGGGCAUCAUUACUCAUUCCUUCACUACUUGUAAACUGCACCUUAAGCAGUCUGGCAAAGUCCCCCAACCAUGUUGUAAAUUAUCCCCGAAAAGCCCUUAGGAGAGUGGAUAAUGUGAUAUUUACUACUUUAUAUUACUAGUAGGCAAGGGUAGAACUGAUCUGCCUCAAAUCACCAAAAAAUGUGUGGUAGAUUUCCUUUACAAAGAGUUCGUGGAGUGGCAAGUGAGAUCAGCUUGGUUUGGAGUGAGAAUGUGGGGUUGAGAUAGACUGAAUUUGAAAUAGGUGAAUUAAAACACUGAGAUAUAUAGAAUUUUUAAGAUUGCUUCCCUUGACAACAAAUGCCCUAAUUCACCCUGUCAGUAUAUAUUAAAUAUGUACCAGGAACCAUCAGUUCAGGUAUAUUGCAUGAGUUCAAAAUAAUUAUAGUGGACAAGCAUACCUUUGAUCCUUAUGCAUGCAUGGUACAAUUUCAUCUUGUUAAUGUUGAGAAGGCUGGGUUAGCUGGCUACAGCUGUGUGGGUCUCCUUUUACUUGGAUCACUUUUUCUCUGCCUGAACCUUUUUAAUGACUUACCAUUUUGUCCAACAAAAGGCCAAGAAUUUAUGGCCUUACAGUCAAACAAGUAAAACCAUGAACACCUGAAAUACUUUCAGGAAUGUUUAUUCUGUUACGACUCAUCACAGCAAAGAUCAGGACACAUGAACUAUAACCACAAAACCACAAACUAAUUAACGUUGUUGCUUGUGGUUUUGUUUGUCGUGCCCAAUUGGCUCUUUUUUCUUGCAAAACUUUAAGCAUCUCUUGCAAUGGCACUGUAAUUUUAAUUUUUUGUGUAAUUAUUUAGUAAGCUAAUGAUUUUAAUAAUAAUAGUGUUUUAUUUAUAUAUUUCAGGAACAUUUUUUUAAAGAAUAAUUUCAUAAAAUUAGGUAUGUGGUGUACAAUGUUAACCUAAGAGUUGGGAUACUGUGAGGUUUAUCUAGCUGUGUUGUUUUUAUAUAGCUAAGUGAAUCUGUUGAUUCAAUAAAUUUUCUGAGUACUAGUAUAGGCAUCUCUAUCAUUGAAUUUUUCCAAAUGCCUGUUUCAGUUGGACAAAAAUAACAGCUUCCUUCAGCUCCACUCUUUCCCUUUUUGACAACAAUAAGCAAAGACGUGUAACAUUAAACCCAAGUCAGCUGAGUCAUUGACUGAAAAAAAAAACAUUCUUUAGUAUAUAAAACUCACAAGGCUAAAAAUUCACUGUCAAUUUUACCUCAUAGCAAAUAUUUCAUUCUUAGCUACAUUCUACCUGUAUCUAUAUUUAUUGUUACGUAAACCCUGGCAGUAGUUUAGUGGCCAUAAUCUCCCACAAGUCCACUGUUACUUAGGGGCUUUACUUUAAGCUGAUUGCAUCUGUUUAAUUAUUUAGCUGCCUUUAUUUUUUAACUUCUAUUUUAUUUGAUUUUAUAAAUAAUGAAGUUUCCAUUUAUAAUGUUGCAGGUCAAACUUAAAUGACAUGUAAUAUCAAUUUGAUAGGUUUAAUUUUUUUUAAACUUAGUUUCCUUUCUCUCCUGGACUUAAUUCAUGAAUACUUUAAUAGGGCUAAGCUGAAUUUAAGUAUGACCUGUAACAUAAUUAUUAUGUAAUAGCGAGAGUAUUUCCUAUCACCCACCCUGAAGAAAGGGUGUAGAGUGUGCAGGGGUUGCAAUUGGAGCCUAUAAUUGAUUGUGGGUCAGCUAAGAACAUUUUACAGUGAUCUUGAAAUUGUAUUACUACCAAUACAAUGAGACUUGAGUUUGUAUUUUUAUUUCUGCCUCAUAGUCCUGAAGUCUUAAGCAAGGGCCCUCACAUCUCAGCAAGUCUUGGAUUUUACAUUCAACACCUCUAGUGUGAAAGAAACAUAAUAAAUGUAUAAUUGCAUGAAAGUACAAAAUGUAUAGCAAGAAAAAUAUAUAUGUCAAAAGAGAAGUAAUGUAAAAAUGAAGGCUAACCAUUAAAAAAAAAAACUUUUACAGGAGAUUAAAAAUAAUGGUCUGUAAAAAACUUCUCCCUUGGGCCAUCAGAAUAUUUGCUACAAAUUAAUGUCAGGGGCAAAGCAUGGCCAUUUUGGCAAGUACGCACACGGAUCCAUGCAUAUUUGAAACAAAAUAAUGUUUUUGUUAUCCUUUAAUAGUUACUUCUUUUGGCAGAUAACAUUCUUGUUAACAAUAGAACAUGAUAUUAAAAAAAGCUUUUAAAAUGUUUUUCUUUGAGCUGGUACUGGAAUCAGAAAGUUUUCAAGCACAAAGCACCUCCCCUACAAGAAACUCAAAUAAAAUGGUUUGUUCAAUUGCUAAAUGUUUGGAAUGAAACAAGCUCACCUACUGUCGCUCAAGAAAAAUGACCACUUGAAGUGCAGAAAUUUGGAGUUUAAAAGCAAUUGUUGGAAGAAUUUCGGCGUGUGUGUGGUUGUGUAAAUUUUCUGCAAGUAUAGUCCUUUACUGACUUUUGUGUGUUUCCUUUAUUUCAAUCAUGAAACUGAUCAUGGAACAGACAAUUAUAGUCAGGGCUUUAGUAUUUAUUUAUUUAUUUAUUUAUUUAUUUAUUUUCAGUGAAUAUCUCUAAUGCUUUUCAUUGAAAACGAUUCUACAUCUGUUGAGUGCAAAUUUCCGGCAAAAUUCUUGUUGAUGCUGCACCACAGCUGCACCUAAUGGUCUGCUUCAGCUUUAUACCUCGAUUAUGGUCAGCGUAGUCUGUUCAAUGAUUACCCACUUGAGCAACAUUUAUAGAGAGAGAGAGAAAAGUAAAAAUGAACAGCUUUAAUUUGAAUGGGAAAACUUUCCAGAUAAAUCUUUAAAGGAAUGAUAAUCAGUCAAGAUCGAUUUAAAUGUGUUUCCAUGAAUUUCCUCAGUCCUCCUUCCUUUUUGUUUUAUUCAAAAGCAAUGUAUUAGGGGAUCCACAUAAAAUCUUUUUAAAAAAAAUCCUACCGAUUUCUCAAGUACACAUGUGCAUAUUUGCAUAAAGGACACUACGCCCCUGAUGUAUUUUUAUUUGCAUCCAUCUCAAUCAAUCUACAAUGUUAAAAUUUUGUUAAUCAAUUUAUUUUUUGUUUUAAUUGGGUUUUUAAAUGUAUUAUUUUCAAAUAAUCCAGAGAUGCCUUUUCAAACUGUCCUGAUGAAUAAAAAGUUUCUAAAACAUAUUAAACAGUCCUGUCUGAAGGUGAUGUUUGAGUCCUAGACCUUCAUGAGAACGAUUGUUAUAUAAAUUAUUGUACACCUGACUAGGUCUUACAACUUCAGCAUUUUAAUAUUAAUCUCCUUAAGCUGGCCAAUAGGCCUUUGGCAAUAGUUAGUCACAUGGUCAACUUUCUGUAAACAUAAAAACAGUUUGCUUUUGGAAAAUGUUGUUAGUACGAGCUGAAAGAGCAUAUUAAAAUGAAGAAUUUUCAACUGUAUAACUCAAAAGGAGUGAUUGCAAUGGUCACGAAAAUUAGAAGGAUUUGUAUGACAAAAACUACUCUUGCCACCCAGUCGCGCUUGAGUGUCUUGUGUGGUUUACCAUACAAACCCUUGUAAACUUCCACAAUUUUUUAAACUGUCAUUAAAUCUUUCUCUUACCCAUUUAACUACACAAAUUGCCUGUUACGAAUAAAAAGGAGAUUUUUAGCGCUAUAAGGCUUAAGGAAAUAUUUUACGACAGUUUGAAAAUUUCCAAUUUAACAAGGGUUUGUAUGGAAAACCAGUUAAGCAUGACUGGGUGGCAAAAUUAAUUUUGGGCAGCUGUUGCAAUCUCUACUUUUGAGAUACACAGCUGAAAAUUUACAGGUGACCUAAUUUUCAUACACUCUUUCAGUUCCUGCUAUCAAAAGUUUUCAAAAGUGAACUGUUUUCAUGUUUACGGAAAGUUGAUCACAUGAUCAACUAAUGCAAAAGGCCUCUUUACCUCAUUAAGUCAGAUAAAAAAAUCUUUUUGGAGCUUUGUCAUGAUUAGAUUUUUGCCAAAACUUAUUAAUUCAAAGCCAGUAAUAGUGAAAUUUUUUGCAUAUUUAACCAUGGUAAAACCCUUAAAUUCCAGUUAGUUUACUUUUUUGUAUGUUCUUUAGCAGUAAUGAGCAUAUUUUUUUACUCAGGUGAUCUGGGUAUCUCCAGGAUUCUCAUGGGUACAUCAGAUAUUGCCACUACAUUCACUGGUACUCCAUACUACAUGAGUCCUGAAGUUUUAAAACAUGAAGGAUAUAAAUACAAGUCUGACAUCUGGUAUGAAUGAACAUGUACUUCAUGAUGUCUAAUUAGGUUUUGGUAGGAUGUUAAUCCUGCUAUUACCCUUAAGAUAGAUAAAACUGUUCAGGAGGUGUCUAGCUUACAUGUAUCAUCUGAAUGUGAAUUAGCCUAUUAAUAAUAGUUUAUUCAUUAAUUCAUUUUAUGUGUAACAACCCUCCAAUUUGCGACCAUUUUAGUCGCCACGGUGCCUAGAAUUUUGAAGCUGGUGACUUGAUUUGCAAAAAAGUCUCCCUAAACCUAAAGAAUGGUCACCAAAUGGCGACCAAGUAAAAACUGUACCUUACAUUAAGUUUUGCAUCAUAGGUCUAUGGGUGUGGUGUUGUAUGAACUAUGUAGUCUCCAACAUGCCUUUCAGGGUGAGGUAAGCAUUUAUAGGUGACUGGAAUGACUCAUUGUAUUAAUACUGUAUUGGUACAUGUAUUGGUUAUUUGGGGUAUGUUACUUCUUGACAAUAAAGCAAGACUUAAAAUAACAUGAUUAAAGUCUAGAUGUUUUUUAUUUAACUAUUUGUGCUGUAAGUACUGGUAUAAUAUUAGGUAGGUAGCCUAUAAGCCUACUUCAAACUACAUUGUACCUCUUUUGAGUUGCAUUCCUUUUAGCCAAUCUAAAUCCGGAUUUUGCAAUCGAAAGUUUGAUUUUUUGUUCCAUUAAGGACCAACCUCUGAGCGUGGAUUGUUCAGAUUGGUUUCUCAAUCUGGUUUCAUAUCUUUGUUCCAUUUAAUGAAACUGCUUUUCGAUCGCAAAAACAUACUCGUUCAUCAGUAAACACAGUGGAUCAUGGUUAGUUCAGAUAGAGGUUAUUUAUAUUCCCCCGUUGUUCUAUGCCGCGAGAGGAUUGUAGUAUAUUUAACUCAAGUUCCACUGUCAGUCUAAAUCUGUUAGGAAGUGAAAACGCUUAGAUUUUCUCACUGUAAAACUAUACUGUUCAAUGUCUGUGUGUGUUUAGAACGUGCUUCUCAGCGCUUUAGAAUUCGUAGUUGUCCUCUGAAUUUUCUUGAAUCAAAUUCCAGAUAAUUCUAAGUUGAUGAGUUCCAGUAUGAACCACCACUAGUUAAAGAACUAAUUUUCUCUCUGUUUCUCCACAAGAAGAUGCUUAAUUUAGCAGAAAGAAGUAAAAAACGAUGCAUUGAAAUUGAGAAGAAGAUCGGAGCGGCAGGCAGCUGCUGUAUGGAUCAAUCUUAUUUCAGGUUUUUUUUCCAGUUAGCACGAAAAUCCAAACCAUCUGGAUUGUCCAAAUCCGAAAAAAGUUUGGCUAAAAGGAAUGUAACCUUGAUAUUUUUAAUCUUAUUUGGAAUUUCCUGCCGUUGAAAAAUGGCAGGAAAGGGUGAAGUAAACUAAAAAAUCUGUAUUUUCCAGUCCUGGUUACUCGAUGAAAUGUAUUUUCCCUUACCUAACACUCACAUCUUCUGGGAAUAAAGUACUAAGACCUGUGUGGCGGGUACUGACUUAAGAUGACCUUAUAACCACCGUUUUGUGUCUAGAACAACAACUGCUCAAAUUCCAGGGACCUGUGACAAAGAACUGUUAGGCCAGUCUUACUCACAUCUGUGUCCAACAUGAACAAGCCAUGCAAUGCUGAGAAAGCUAACUAUGGCACAUACAUGUAACAGGGUUCUCAAUAAGAGUGGCAGAUUUCACCAGCUAUUUCACGUGAACUCGCCGCCUACUUUUCUUUAGAAAAAAAGACCCCAAAAAGCCAAAUUUAACAAUGUCUGUGUUCUGUUCAAACACUCUAAUUUUUGCUUCAGAAUACUGAAUGCCUGUGGUGUGAGUUUUUUCCGUCUCUGCCUACUCAACAGCUUUUGCCAUGUACCCUGCAUGUAACAUAAAAAUGCUGUAGGUCAAUGUGUGUUUUAGAUCAGUUUGUUUUCAACCGUGGUCAGUUUGCCUUUCUCCAUGCUAAAUGAAUUUUGUGACCAGGAUCAGUUUGCUCCUAAAUAUAGGUUAAUUUGUUCAAAGUCAGUGAAUUUUCAUGAUUCCUUUUUCCUGUAACUGGCCAGCAUGGCCAUUAUUUUUUAGGAAUUGCUAUAAGCUAAAUAUAUUUUGUUUCAGAGUUUAAUGAGUGUGAUGUAUAGAAUUGUGGAAGGAGAGCCACCUAAACUACCUGAAAAAUACAGUGAACAGCUACAGGAUUUGUACAAGAGGUAUGUUUAUUAUCAUCAGAGGAUUGUAAAAUAAUAAUUAUAUUUUAGAAAUAAGGAAACAUGCCGGCAGUAAAACCAGGGUAGACCAGAGUGAGUGGGGUAAUUUAUUGUCCUUUAACAUCAUAUUUGCUUAUGUAUUUAUUUACUGUAGUUGACAGACUGCUUCCUAAUUUUUUUUAUGGGGAUGAAAAUCUUAUUGGCACAAAUUUACCUUGUUUUCGUGCAAGCUACUUGGCUCAUUUUGAAUUUCACUUUCACCAGGAGAUUAUUAUGCUUCUUCAAAAUGAUCUGAUAUAAUAUCUCACACAUGAAUAUGAUUGGAUUUCUAAUGUGCUUUGUUUAUUGAAUAAAUUUAAUUUAUUUUGCCUCUUUAGGAUGUUAGAUAAAAACCCAGCCAAUCGACCAAGUGCAAGUGAAGUUCUUAGAAAUGACUAUGUUGCAGAGAAUUUAGCGGUAUGUUGUCUGCCUCUCCUUUAUACCUAUUAAUUUCAGGGGAAAAGGAACAACAUUUUGAUUAUAAUCUGAACCUCUCGAUGGAUGACUGAAAGCAUACACUCAGUAGUAUUGAAUGAAUUUGUCACAACCAGUGACAGAUUUAUGCAGACCAGCAUAAAAUAUCAUAAUUAUACAGUGUACAUUUCAUAUAAAUGUGGGAGUCCAAGAUGACCCUUCUGAUUCAAAUAGUAUAAAGCUAACACUUUACCUGGAUCCACAUUUCAAGGAUGUUUUUUUUAUUUUUGGUUGUGCAUGGGCUGAGCAGCAAAGACAAAGAUCCGUUGCUCAGGCCAGUUAGUCAAUGUUACUUGAAUUCAUUCAAACCCCUGAUCCCCAAGAAAUCAUGGGCAAGGUUUUCUUGCAUACUUUAUCAUUCACUCAGCCCUUGGAAAAAGUGUUUCAAGCCCCUGGGUCAGCUCAAUGUCAGCUGCUGCUUUGAUUGGUUCAGUGUAUCAUCUGAUGUCAGCAUCAACUCCCCUUUCUUGUUUUAUUUAUUACAUAAAGUUGUUGAGGCCUGCAUGCAUUGCAAUAGUUGUGAUUGUGAUUCGUUUGUUUUAGUCUUGACUUCAUGCAAAUGUUUAUUACCCUUUCUAAUGGCUUGCAUUGACCUUUGGUAAUCUUAUGGUAUAACUAGUCAACUGGUCUUAGUAACCAAAGCAUGUUCUUGGUGUCCAAUUUUGUUUUUCCUUUGUUCAUUUAACCUUAUAUUGCUUGAUCAAAUUGCCAAAACAGAAUUUGUAGUGUUUAGAAUUUUGUGUUCCUUUAUUCUGCGUUUUUCUCUCUUCACCUUUCUUAGACUAUUUCAUACUUUGACAUACAUUUAAGAAAAGUAACAAUAUUUCUUUUUGAUUGCAGAAAAUAAAAUGUCGAAUAGAACAGUAAGUAUUGUAUUUCUAGAACUAAAGCUAUGUUUUAUAGAUCACGUGGGCUCACGUGGACUAGCAGGACUGACAGUCUGACAGACAGCCUGAGAGAGCAAAGAGGCUGACAGAACAACAGGUUGACAGGGUUAAAAAGGCUGCUUGCCCUCCUUAAAGCUUAUUGACAAGGGCUGACAGGGUAAGAGGGGUGAGUGACCGACAGGGUCUUACAGGGUUGAUAAGGAUUGUUAGGGCUAACAGGACUAUCAAGGUCUGGUAAAUGCUGAUAGAUUUGACAGCCUGGAGUGGUAAGUACUGACAGGGCUCACCUACCUAAGAUGGCUGAGAGGCUGACAGACUAAGAGGGGUUACAUGGUACAUUGCUGACAAGAGGGUUGACAGUUGCUCAGCAGGCCGACAAAGGCUGCUUUUCCUCCUCAAAGCAAACUGAUAGUGGCUAAAAGGUGAUAGAGUUGACAAAGACUGAGAGAGUACUGGGUGACAGAGCUUGUAGCUGCUAAUAAGGGCUAAUAAGGUGCCAUCUUCAAAAGGACUCACAUUCGUAAAGUGUUGCACACUUUUAAGCGAUAGAUAUCGGUAUCCGACUUUAUAGGCCUGUACGCAGUUUUACUGAAGAGUUAAUUUUCUUAAGUUGUUGGAAUGGACAUUAGAUACAUUGGUAAAAUAUUUAUGUUUUGUCAGCUGCAAGAAAGUUGUUGGUACUAAGCCAUAAAUAAUUAAUGUGGUCGUUCGCAGCCGAAAUUCCUUAAAGCAAAAACAACGAUGUCCUUAGUUUGGAAAGGAGGGCAAAAUUAUUUGUCUUAUUUAUCUUUUGCAACAGCAACUGGAAAAUAAAAACAACAGUUACAGGUAACAGACAGUCACGAACUUUCUACCAGACUUGUUUCAAGCUCACUCUCAGCAAUAAUCAAUUUGCCUAAGAUAUGAUCACAUCCGAGGUAACUUUAAAUCAUUUUGCAUGUUAUAGGUCAAAUAAGGAGAGUAAAAUAGGAGAGUCCUAUGAGCGUCGAGGAGGCAGCAGCUUGUAUCAAGAACCAGAAGCGGGCAGGCCUCUUACACCAAUGUAGGUACACAUCCUACUGCUAGCCACAACUUGUUUGUUUUGUCUUUGAUAUCUUCUUCAGUUCUCUUUUCUCUUCUCAAUCAUUUUCUCCUUAAGGUCUACUUACCCUUUUCCUUCACCGUAACAUAGUGUAUGCUUGACAUGUGUGAGCUUUUUCCACAAGAAAUUAAAGAAGGCAGGAUACAACACUCUACUCUUGAACGAAAGAGCAGUUGAUUUGUGAGCUUAUGAUACACACCAAGAGUUAGCAAAGUUAGAUUUCGAGUAAAAUCUUAAAGGCGUUUCCGAGAUAGUGAGAUACCUUGCUGCAGUCUUUUAACUCUUUCGUCUUCAUUCUUGGCCAAAAUUAAAUUAGUGACCACAAUAAAAAGCGCUCAAGUUUAACAGCUUCUUAUUGGCACCAGAGUGUCAAAUUCUUCUUAUUUGAUCUUAGUCCUAUUUUCUAGUUUUGCAAGGAGCGUCCGCUUUCAGCAUUCCUAAGGUGGUAAUUGGUGCGUGAAACCGUUUUUCUAAGCCUUUGCAAGCCUGUGUAAAUGUUUUCUUUUCCAUAAACAUGCUCGUGUACCUCGUGCAUGUCUUCACUUUUAGUUGGGCAGGUUAGAAGUCUAGCAAGAAUCGUCCUGUCUUUCUUGCUGUGUGUGUGUGUGUGUUGGGGGGGAGGGGUAAGGCACCACUCAAACGUACGUCACGUUUGCCUUUGAGCCAUGGUCAGAGAAAUUUUUAUUGCAGCACAUCUAGAAACGUUGUGGAAGAUGGUGCGCAUAACUUCAGUUGACAGGAAAGCACUAAAAAGAAUUGUUUAAAAUGGAUUACUACCUACUUAGAAACAAGGAUUCACCUAUUCCAAUACGUACUGAUCAUUUCUUUAACACAACAUUGCUUGGUCUAUCGAUUGCUUUGUGGUCAAAUGUCUGAUAUUCAGCUUGUUAAAGAGCCUAUAUUUUUUACUAGCGAUUUUGAAGGGUUGUAUAAGUUUCAUUCGUGUCUCGAACCAACGCGCUGCCCAGUUGGGAUGCCACCAAACUAGUGCAUUUGGAAAUGAGAUAGUAUGAAAUACUUAAAUUUAUUUUCUAUCCUCAUUAUGUGAACCAAAUCCUUUAAUACUGUCCACCAUGGCCUGUUGGCAUUCGCUGACUCGCAUUGUAAGAUUUUAACUUUUUACGUCUCUCGGCCAGGGCUUUGAUUGAGCCUUCCUUAAGUAUGACGUAACUCUUGCAUGGGUCAGUGAACGAAAUCCAGUUGUGGAGUCAAAUCAUAUCGAAAAUUUCGGAAAUCAUUUUGUCGUUUUGUCAUCUAAGUCUGAGCAGACAGAGAGUUUAUUAGAGUUGUUCCUGAGUUCGAUUCUCAUUGCCUUUUUCUUCAUUCAAUGCGUGAGAUCAUCAUGAGUGGAUAUUGGCCACGUUUGUUUUAAGCGCUUUUAUGGACCGAAACGACGACGAGGUCAAUGAAAGCACAAAAUUCUUAUCUAAAAGGCUAUCGAAAGUAUAAUGAAAAAUAACGUUUACAUCUAUUUCUAUCACCAGCUGUAAUACAAAGCCGGUCAAGUUCCUAAAAGUUUACUUGUCUAUUCAAUAUCUAUUUCAUUUUAUUAUUGACAGGGAUAAAAUGAAAUUGAGAAAGCAGCAAAGAGCUGAUGAAGAAGCUGAAAGAAUAAGGUUCGUUUUUCUCUGUUUGUGAUCACAGGUAAUUUAAACAAAUUGAUACUGUAAUUACGUUCAAUUUAAUAGACCCACGUUCAAUCUAGAUGCAUUGUGUGUCGAGAAACGGGUGCUUUUUUUAUUUACGAUUGCAAGAGAUUUGAAUAAAUAAGGGUUUCUGCCUCCUAAGUGUUUCACCUUCUGUGUUUUAUGAACACACAAUUCUUUGUCAAACCCGUUAACUCGUCUUCCCGGUGACGACAGUCCCUCUUUUUUAAAUUCGUGUAAAUAAAACUUGUAAAUUAUCGGGGUAGACACUAAAACACCUGUAUGAGAUGACAUCACUGUGCAAUACAAAUAUUGUCGAAUGGCAACUGGGACAGGCGUCAUAUUCAUUGACACACUGUCUCAGAAAUAUGUUCCCUUAAUUGGUAUACUUUUUUAGUUACCCUGAACAGAAAUGUCGUGCAUCCAUCCCUUGUAAGUAGUUAGGUAACUUGUUCUUUGCACGAGAGUUGCGAGUACCCAGUUUUUAAGAAUCCUGGGAGUUCUUAAUCUGUCUGACUGUUGCACAGGGUUACCAAGUUAAGGCUAUCAUCAGUGAAGUCUACCAGCCCUUUUCUCUUUGCAAGCAUCUUACUGUAUGCCAGUGGAGCGUUUACCUAAUUUGGAAUCAAAAAACUGCUGCGUUGCAUAAGUGUAACGAGAUGCUUUAGUUUUCUCUGUGAAGCAGAGGCCCGGGUAAAUGAUUUGGCGGCAUCCAUGAGAUUUCUUCUCUUUAUCGUCAAUCUUGACCAGUGCCAAAAUAGUUUUCAAACAGUUUUUGUUUCUUCCAGGAGGUAUACAGCUCUCCAUUCAGCUGAAAACCAAGCACAGUACAGUUCACAUAAGAAAAAGCAGGUAGGCCUAAGGCCGAGUUCUCCACUUUCUGUUUUAAAGGUUACCUGUUUUUCAUAUGUCUCUUUUGAUCCUAUGUAAUAUUAGUUACUGAUUACCAGUUGAUGGAGGUUUCAGCGUCCUCGUCCCCUUUUCCCAUUUUACUUUCAGAACCAGGUGUCAUUACCAUGGGUUGAGGAGCAUCCCGAUGUGUUUAAUGAUGCUGCAUUCACUAUCACAGCUGCAGACAAACUUGAACCUUCUUCACCCAUAACAGUUUCGGUACCAAUGUCAAGUGACAACAACUAUGACCAGCUCUGUUCUGCAAGUAAGCCCUCAUUCCAUAGCCUGCGAAUACAACCGUCUAUCCUCGCUCAUCGCCUCUGGGGACAUUUAUUAAAAUGAGUUUUGGAAUAUUUAAUACUGUCGGUUCUGAUAUCAUGCGACCAAAGUCUCUCAUUAGUGCUAACAGUCAUACACAACGUACAGCCUCAUUCCCUGGUAUUGAGCGUGCAGUUACCUUGCAUGGACAAAGCCUUACAACCUCAGGAGCUCCCUGAUAUGGGGAUAUGGAGUCAUUUCUUAAAAAAUAAGCCCCAGUUUCAUUUUUCGAUUUCAAUCGUUCCCGUUCUUUUCCAUUCUUUGCUUAAUUUGUUUUUUAUUUUUAUGGAGCUUAUACGUAAACGACCUGUGUACGAAUUUUUCGAGUUGUUCCUAGAUGGCGUUCUUGUACUUUGCAUUUAUUUUUUGCCUGCUUGUUGGAAUCGUGAUAUUUGGGCAGAUUUCUUCGCCCGUACAAGUUAUGCAUAAGGUCCUAUUUCGACCUGACGUUUAUAUUGAUCCAUGAACUAAACGGUACAAGGAUAAUAGUAGUUUGAGGUGAAAUUUAAGAUUUUAAGAAGUAUGCCCUUGUACAAUCUAAUGUAUAGAUUUAGCCGGGGCUAAAAGCGAAGCCUCCGUUUCUUUACUCAUAAUAAAAGCAAUCAAAUUAAAGUGAUAACAUGAACUCUAAGCCCAAAAACAAAUGAAAUCUUUACAUCCCUAAGAGCCUUCGGCAUCAGACACCUUUAGAAGGAGGGGGCUUAAUGAUUAAGAAAAAAUAUCCCGCAAACAAACCUAAAUUGAAAAAAUUGUUAAAUUGUAGGUCUCUUAAGUAGUAGCAAUUUACAGGUUACGAUUUCUAGGGUCGGUGUUUCUGUGUUUAAGGCAUGACCUAAGAGAAAAAUCAGGCCGACUUAAGGACUUUCGUCUUCCCGUAAGCCCAUUAUAUUUUCUUUUCUUUUUUUUUUAAACGGGCCCGGACGAACAGUUAUGUGUAGCCUUUACAUUUAUACCUCACAAUAUCUGAAAGAAAAUUUUACUGUAAGGUGUAUAAUAUUUUCUCGGAGGACAGACAUAGGAAAGCAAACGAUAACCUUUUACGCUACUAAUAACAAUAAUCCAAUCUUUCACUACAAAUACAAACGUUAAUACAGCAACUUACAACUUUUUUUUAUUAAAAAAAAAGAAAACCUCGGGCUCGAAAAGCCGGAGAGUCUGUCCGUUUUGGAAGAGAGGAGAACUCUUUCAUUUUUUCGAUAAGCUCACUUUUUCAGUGAGAAUAUAAAGCCAUAAACAAGCAACUGAAAACAAACGCAAACGCAAACGCAAAAUUCAAGCAGUAUUCAGCUGUAUUCAGGGCACAAGUUAUGGAAAAAGAGCAGAACACUGCAAAACUGCAGUAAUUCUUGAAUUCUACACACUGCAAAAAAGUCCACUUUCGAGUUCGCUAUGACCGCCGAAUUAAAGAACUGAAGACGCAUUUUUUACAGCCUUAGCCUCCAUCUGAAGUAAUAUAUUCACAAAUUGCCACGAGAAAAAGACCUGUUUAUUACUCUAUCUAUUGUGUAUAUUCAAAUUUCAAACACUUACUUACCGGAAUUUCUGAAUAUUUUACUUUACGUCGAGGCUACCCCUGUAUGAAUGUGUCGUUAAUGUUUAUAUUCAGCAGUAAUUUUUAAUUCGAAACUAGAUUAUUCUUGAAUGGCAAGUAAUGAAUGAGAAAAUGAAUAGCAAUUCAAUGCGGGACAUGUACAAACUAAAAAACAACGCUUCAGUUUUAAUUCAAGAAAGGGCCCGUCUGAAUGUUUCUAAAAAUCUUACGAUCUGUAGUCUCAUGGUCGUUUUUUGAGCUAAUGUUAUGAAUGAACAAUGACAGAUAAAUAACUUAAUUUCUUGAAAAUUUUUAUUCAAAAACCCAUACCUUAGUCCUAAAAAGCAAUUUGCGUAUGACAAGUUAAAUAGUUGCGUUCACCCAAGUUAAAUCGGUCGAGCACAUGGUAAAAAAAUUAAUUUCAAAUGCACAUUUUGUGGUUUUUCUUUCACGCCGAUGUCAUAAUGUAGAAAGCGUCUCCGUGAAAUACAAAAAUUCCUUUUUAAAAACGUACUUUUCUUUGAUCAUAGAGUACGGAAUGUACCUCAAGUGUCUUCAGAAACCUCUUUGCCUUGGUUGGUUCAAAACAAGCCAAGCGGUCCGAUCCGCCGUGUAGAAAACAAGGUCGGAUCCCUCGAAAGACAAUUUCAGAGCGAAAAGCUUUCGUUUGUCCACAAAAAAGAAACUGAGCAUUCUUUUGAACUUUCUCUUUCCAUUUGUGUCUUUUAUGGGCGUGUUUUCAAUCUUGAAAUGGAAAACUUUAGUCUUGAAAACCACCACAUCAUGAACGCGCGCCAGCCAUUCUGUUCAUGGAUGACAUUUACAAAGGUGUCAAAUCCGUUUCUUCCCUCACCCCCUAAAUGGUUAACAUGACCAUUGGACAUUUGUGGGGGAGCGGGGUAUGGGUGAUUUUACUGAUAUAGUCUCUGGAGUUAGAAAUUUUUUCCCCGACAUAUAACGGUGUAAGAUUUUUUUCAGCAUUGUCCGUCAUGAACGAUAUUUUUCUCAGUUCAGGAUAUUUUUCUCACCAGGAAUUUAUUUGCGUGCUUUUAUCCUCUCGAAAUCAGUCUGCAGGACAUUUUUUCCCAAAUCACCCAUAACCGCCUCAGAAGUUAAAUGGUCGGCCCCCAUAAAAUUUACCAAACAUUUGGUCAGUUGACAGAUUCUGAUUUGUCAAUCAUUUCUAAAGGCUUUUGAAACAAUAGGGGACAAAACUCUCGAGGGAGGAAGGAAGGAAUUCGUUUCUACUUACCCCUACCCGGAAAGUCCGUACGGACGGAUAGUUUACCAAAUUUUAUUACCCAUGGUGCUCCGCUGUGCGCGCUUCGCGCGCGCGGAGGCUACGCUAUAAACACUGAGACUGCUUAGAGCCCUCACUGGCGAGGACCAGUGAUUUUGUGAGCCGUUUAAAAUGAUUUGUGAUCAAGUUAAAUUCAUUUCAGGUGAAGAUUCUUUGGCUUUAACGAAUGUGACAGAAAUUCCUGAUGAUGCAGACUUAGCAGAAACAUUUUAUUCCCAGUUUGAAGAUGAGUUUGAAAAUGAUGACAGUGAAAACGAAGUUGAGCCGGAUGAAGAUGAUUUGAGUGCACUAAUGGGACAAAUGCAGGAUGCAUUGGAUCAGACAUCAUCUGCUGAUGAUACAUUUGCUGAAGCUGAAUUUUCAAACCCGAGUGAACUUACAGACUCAUUGAGACAUCAGAGAAUUCAAGCCUUACGGACGUAUCCUUUUGAGAAUAGCAGCUGUGGUAGUGAAGACAAAAAAAAUUAAGAGAUUCGGAACACGCUCUAUACUGUUCAUUUGCCGCUGAUGUAAGCAAUUUGCCCAGUUCGAUUUACAAAUAUUAAGCUUCACAGAAAAGGACAAUUUACUUGUUCAGUGGUCUUGUUUUGAUUGACAACAUAAUUACAUUACUUUCUACAGUUCAAUUUUUGAUGAUAUUAUCAUAUCUCAAAACCAGUUAAAAACCAGGCUCCCAGAAUUCGGGGAAAAUUUUGGCGGCGGAGGUGCCCAUUGUUGUCGCCGGCUUUGCUUGCUCGUGCCGCCAGAAUUCUCCACGUACUUGUCUGCUCGCAUGUUAAAGCACUACCUAACUAAACUUAGUUUCACGUUUCUCUUGUUGAUAAUUUUUCCAGUGUUACUCAGGUUAAGAGCAGGAAACCAAAUCCUUAAUUCACAGUUAGCGAGUGUGAACGACUGCUUGGUGUUGAAGCGUUUCAUCGGGUGUACUCUUACCUGAAAAAAGCUCGCUUUGGAGACGAGAUUAGCAAUGAAGAUUCAAUUCUGGAUGGCCUGGCAAAAAUUGUAGAUAAACCAGGAGACUGCUUCUUAGUGGACCAACUUCUAUUUAUGGAAAAACAGGCUGAAAUUGCCUCAAUGACGUAACACAUAGAUAUGUUAUUUGAAAUUCGUGAAAAAGGGAAUGGAAUUCUAGAGGCGAUUGCUUGUCGAAACUAUGUUUUUAUCACAGAGGACAGAAUUACCUGAAUUGACCAACAAUGACGUUGUUUGCUAAUCGAUGAGAGGCCAUAGUUGCCUGCAGUGUACAGCCGCCCCCUCCUUCAAAAAAUUCCGGGGGAAGGCGCGCGGCUGUGCACAAGCCGCUAGGGUUACGGUCGUGUCAAAUAUUUAUUUUUGUACCUUCAAUUACAGGUCUGUAUGUUUGCGAUUUUUUUCGUGGAAAAAA